UGCCGCCCGGCCGUCUCAGGUCCUUGCAGUUGAAAUCAGUCAUGACGGGGGAGCUGUGAGCUGGGACCUUUUCGCAUCGUAACGCGUAGACAUAGUACAUCCGAUUUUCUUUCCCGGCCGGUGUUGACGACCAAGAAACAUGAAGACCAUCCUUGCCGCAUACUCGGGCGUGCUUAAAGGCACCGGCUCCAGCAUCCUAUCCUCCCUGCAGGACCUGCCUUUGGCUUUCUGGCCAUGUGGAUCCAAGAUAGAGAAACAUCUCCAGGUCAUCGCUGUGCUGCAGUGGGUCAUCACCUUCUUAGCCUUGGGGGCAGUCUGCACUGUUCUGCUAAUCUACAUGUUCUGUACCGAUUGUUGGUUUAUCGCUGCCCUUUACACCUCCUGGCUCAUUGUUGACUGGAACACCCCGAAACAAGGUGGGAGGAGAUCUUCAUGGGUCAGAAGUUGGACAGUGUGGACAUACUUUCGAGACUACUUUCCAAUUAGGCUAAUUAAAACCCACAACCUGCUGCCCAAUCGAAAUUAUAUCUUCGGCUACCAUCCCCAUGGCAUCCUCUGUUUUGGAGCUUUCUGCAACUUCGGAACAGAGGCUACAGACUUCUCCAAGAAAUUUCCAGGCAUUAAGCCCUCUCUAGCAACUUUGGCAGGGAACUUCCGAAUGCCUGUCCUACGAGACUACCUGAUGUCUGGAGGUAUUUGUCCUGUCAACAAGGAUUCCAUUGACUACCUGCUGUCAUGCAACGGCACAGGAAACGCAGUGAUCAUUGUUGUCGGAGGCGCAGCGGAGUCGUUACACAGCGCGCCAGGCAUGAACUCUGUCAUUCUGAAGAACCGGAAAGGCUUUGUGAGAAUGGCGCUCCAAAAAGGGUCUGACUUGGUUCCAGUAUAUUCCUUUGGGGAAAAUGAUGCGUACAAGCAAGUAAUCCUGGAAGAGGGCACUUACUGGAGAACUCUCCAGAAGAAGUUACAGAAGUUGUUAGGCUUCGCUCCAUGCCUUUUCCACGGAUGUGGCCUCUUCUUUGGCAACUCCUGGGGUAUCGUGCCAUACGGCAAACCGAUCACAACCAUAGUCGGGGAGCCGAUCACAGUGCCAAAAACAGAGGAUCCGUCUGAUGAGAUGGUGGAUCUUUAUCACGCGAUGUAUGUUAAGUCCCUCCAGUGCCUGUUUAACAAGUACAAGACCCGUUUUGGCUUCAAGGAGAGUGACAUUCUGUACAUCGAGUGAAAGAAUGAAGGGGAAACUCUAAACACUGAGAACUGUGUAACUUCUGACCCACCUCACCUUCAGACCGCUCCCCAUCUCAGUCCAGCCCCGGAGCCUGAUUGGGAUCAUCUUUGGACUCUAAUCUACAUGAGCACAUUUUGCUUCCUGUCUCCCAAGCAAAAAAACAAAAAAAGCGUAGACUGUCCUCAGGGAUUGGCAGGUUUUGAGAAAAUGGCACUGCGGCUUGGACCAACAUUUGAACAUGACACACUGUGGAAUCCCUGAACACAAGUGCCUUUUGUGUGUAUAUUUACAUUUUCUGACUGAAGGCAUCCAACUAUAUUAUGCGUGUCAUGUAAAUGCAGAGGUGAAGGUAAGGACUUCAAAAUAUAUAUAUGCGUUCACAUAAUUCCCCACAAAGCUCUGUAAAAUAUUAUUUUAUAAAAGCACAACCAAUGCAUAUUAAGUGUACCACUAUGAUAAUCGGAUGCACAAACCCACAGAUGAAUGGGGUUGCCAAAGAGCUACUGUGUCCGCACAAACACAAGUACAGCACCAAAUGUCUUCUUAAGGAAAGCCUCUACUUCUCCAUGGGAUUCCUGUGUUGAAAAUGCAAUAUAUGUCUGCGUGUGAUUUUUAGACUGCCAUAAAGUAUUAAUUGUAUUCAUUAUCGAGGAAAAAGAAGCCUGUGUCGGUGCUUGUCUCUUGAAUGAAUAUUUCCAAUGCACUUUGUCUCACCGAUUCUAUUCCAGGGGUUUUGUCACAAGAAGGAAAAAAA